AUGAAUGUACCAAUGGUAUCUGGAGCGACCGCUUAUGACUGCCCACAGAGCGGCACCAUGUUCAUAUUGAUAUUCAACGAAGCACUGUACUACGGGAACCGCUUAGAUCAUUCAUUGAUCAAUCCAAACCAAGUCUGCAAGUUCAGAAUCCCUCUAUGGGAUAAUCUGUUUGAGGAGAGGAGGGAUGUUGGUAUCGAGACCAAGCCAAUAUUUGUUGCACUCAAGACAAAGGGGGCAAAGCUACUAUUUGAUUCAAGGGCUCCAACUGAUCAAGAACUUGCAAAUUGCCCCCACACUGAUAUGACAAGCAAAGUAAAGUGCCUUGGAAUCCAGGUACUGUCCAACUUGGGAAAGUCUCAAUUGUUCACGAAGACACAAUAG